GAUUCAAAUAUGGCUGACGAUGCUUUUGACAGAUGUGAACUCGGUUGAUUUUCGCAAUGGAUAGACUAGCUCUGGUUAUCUGUGCGUCGAUCGACUUUCAGUAUUGUUCACAUGGAAAUAUAGUCUCAAUAUAAUGUCACUUUUGUGUGUUUGUGUGAAAAAAGCCAGACUGAUUGGGAGUCCGGAGAGGUUCAAUACAUAUGUUACACUGAAACUACAGAAUGUCAAAUCAACUACCAUCCAAGUCAAGGGGAAUAAUCCAUGCUGGGAGCAGGAUUUUAUGUUUGAAACAAAUUGCCUGGACACUGGUUUGAUCAUUGAGAUCUGGAAUAAAGGCAUGCUGUGGGAUAAGCUGCUGGGUCUCCAUUGGCUCCCAUUGAGGGAUAUUCACCACUCAAAUUCAGAGGGUGAAGGAAGAUGGCUGUCCCUGGAUAGUGAGCUCAUAAUGAGGAAUGGCAAGGUCACAGGCACCAGGUUUCCCACGGGACACACCAUCCUUCUGGAUGCUAGAUUCGAGUUACCAUAUGAUCUCCCAGAGGCUGAAGCUGCAGAAUUGGAAAAUAAACUUAAAGUUCUCAACACCAUCGAUCAAGAGUUGAUGACUAUACAGCGCCAAAAUACAUAUUCUACUCAAUCUGGGAUGUCUGAAGACAGUGAUUACAAGAGUGACAAUAGCUACCCCCCUCCUCACCAACACAACGUCUCAGUAAAGCAGUUUCCUCUGCAUGAACCCAGCAGAGAUUUUUACUAUAAUGGACAGUUUGAUUCAUUCGAUGGAGGAGGGCUGGAUGAUGAUCGACAGGGAUCAUUUGACCGUUUUGAAAGUUUUGAUGAAGAGGAGUCAUUAAAUGGACAUCACUUUCAUGAUCGGUAUCAGCGAGAUCUAUCUCCAGAACCAGACAAUGAAUCUUAUGAAGAAGAAUUGACUCACUGCUCCGAGAGGAGGAGUCAGGAUGAUCCGAAUUACGAUCAGGAUCAGGAUUACUCUUUGCGUGGAUCAGAUUAUGAUCCUGUGGAGUACGAUGAUUACGAACGUGCAAAGCUUAAUGAUAGAAGCUUUAGUGAGGAAGAUGAAAGCUACUCGGGGGGGAGGGAAAUGAGCCGAACACUCAGUGAAGAAGAGUCCUCAAGCAGAGGAAGGCACUAUGAUAGAACUUUCAGUGAGGAGAGUAACCGGAUAUAUAGUGAGGAAAGUAACCGGAUUUAUAGUGAGGAAAGUAACCGGAUUUAUAGUGAGGAGAGUAAUCGAGACCAGCACUCCAUGGAAAGAACACUUAGUGAAGAUAGUAGCAGAGAGAGACAGCAAUAUUAUGACCAAGUGGAUGAUCGACGGCCUUCUUAUACGCAGAACCAUCGAGGGAGCUACGACAACACCAAGAAUAGAGAUUACGGGAGAGAGUGGGAGUACUAUCAAGAUGAGGAAAGCACAUAUGUUCAUGGGCGGAGUGAUACAGAGUCGGAACAUAUGUCAUACAACAGCAGGCCCAGGCAUAGUCGACAGUACAGCUACACUAAUAGGGGGAGCCCCGCAAGGAGUGGAGAUUCCCUGACCAAUACGACCAAUAUGACCAACACCAGCAAAAUCAGCACUCAGGAUUUUAGCCCAAUUAACAGCCAGACAAGCCUUAGCGGUCUGAGUCGACAAAGCACCCAGGAAAGAAGCGAUGGUCCUCUGGACUACCCCUACAAAUACUCCCCCCACCCCGAGCUCCAGGAGUCACCGGCCAAAAUCAGGUGGAGCCAGGCUGUGAAGAAAAUCAACACUGAGCUCAAUAAGGAAGGAAUAAACAUGAUGGGUCAUACAGAAGACUCUAGAGACAAAUGGUCACACCCCAAUGGAGGGCCCGAGCACAAUGAUAUAUACAGUUGUCUGGACACCAUUCCGGAGUUCACUCUGCCUCGUCGAAAAUCAGUUGCACUUGUUAGUGACUUGACUAUGCAAUCCAAACGUAAUGCACCUUCUGCCAUGGUUGCCAGACAAUCUCUGAAGGAUGAAGAAUUGAAAAUGCAUGUGUACAAGAAGACUCUACAGGCACUGAUCUACCCAAUCUCCAGCACAACCCCCCACAACUUUGUGGUGUGGACCGCCACCUCUCCCACAUACUGCUUUGAGUGCGGCGGCCUGCUGUGGGGGAUGGUGAGACAGGGGGUCAGGUGUACAGAAUGCGGAGUUAAAUGCCACGAGAAGUGUAAAGACCUGCUCAAUGCCGACUGUCUGCAACGUGCAGCAGAAAAGAGUUCCAAACAUGGAGCAGAAGAUAAAACUCAGAACAUCAUAAUGGCCAUGAGAGAUAGAAUGAAAAUCAGGGAGAGAAACAAACCAGAAAUCUUUGAACUCAUCAAAAAUGUAUUUGGUGUGGAUAAAAAAUCCCAUACUGGCCACAUGAAAGCUGUGAAACAAAGUGUUUUGGAGGGAACAUCCAAGUGGUCAGCUAAAAUUGCCAUUACUGUGAUAUGUGCUCAAGGCCUGAUUGGCAAAGAUAAAACGGGUACAAGUGAUCCCUAUGUUACCGUGCAAGUCGGAAAAGUCAAGAAGCGCACAAAAACCGUCCCCCAGAACCUCAACCCCGACUGGAAUGAAAAGUUUUAUUUUGAGUGCCAUAAUUCCUCAGACAGGAUAAAAGUGCGAGUUUGGGAUGAAGACAACGAUUUGAAAUCAAAACUUAUGCAGAAAUUGACCCGUGAAUCUGAUGACUUCUUGGGUCAGACCAUUAUCGAAGUGCGUACGUUAAGUGGAGAAAUGGAUGUAUGGUAUAACUUGGAGAAGAGAACAGAUAAGUCAGCGGUGUCUGGAGCCAUACGGUUACACAUUAGUGUGGAAAUCAAGGGAGAGGAGAAGGUGGCACCUUACCAUGUCCAGUACACCUGUCUGCACGAGAACUUGUUCCAUUACUUGUGCGAGCAGACAGGGGGCGCUGUUAAACUUCCGGAUGCCAAAGGACAGGAUGAAGCAUGGAAAGUUUACUUUGAUGAGCCUGCACAAGAAAUAGUGGAUGAAUUUGCCAUGAGAUAUGGUAUAGAGUCCAUUUACCAAGCGAUGACACAUUUCUCCUGCCUGUCCACUAAGUACAUGUGUCCGGGGGUGCCUGCGGUCAUGAGCACUCUACUUGCCAACAUUAAUGCCUUCUAUGCACACACCACUGCCAGCACUGCUGUAUCAGCUAGUGAUAGAUUCGCAGCAUCCAACUUUGGAAAAGAAAAGUUUGUUAAGUUGUUGGAUCAACUUCAUAACUCCUUACGCAUUGAUCUCUCCAUGUAUAGAAAUAACUUCCCAGCUACCGACAGGGCACGCCUCCAAGACCUCAAGUCCACUGUCGACCUGCUAACCAGCAUAACUUUCUUCAGAAUGAAGAUUUGUGUACAAAGUGAAGUGCAGGUGUACAAACAGGUUCAAGAACUUCCUAGUCCUCCAAGAGCUAGUAUUGUAGUAAAAGACUGUGUGAUAGCCUGUAUAAAAUCCACAUACCAAUUCUUGUUUGAUAACUGUUAUGAACUGUACCAGAGGGAGUUUGUUCAAGCGGAACCCUCAGAAUUGAACAUUCCUGGAUCGGAGGGUGUUAAUGAGAACAGCCUGGACUUUUGGGAUAAAUUGAUAGCUCUAAUAGUGUCUAUGAUUGAAGAGGAUAAGAAUAGUUAUACUCCAGUAUUAAAUCAAUUCCCUCAGGAGUUGAAUGUUGGGCAAGUGAGCGCUGCUAAUAUGUGGGCACUAUUUGCACAACACUGUAGCAUGUUCCUGAAAGAUCAAGAACAGGAAAAACCAUGUAAAAGUUCCGAGUAUAUGAAUUUACAUUUCAAGAUAAAAUGGCUGUAUUCCAAGUUUAUAGCUGACGUGCCUCAAUACAAAGGAACUGUACCUGAAUAUCCAAGAUGGUUUGAGCCUUAUGUUAUGCAGUGGUUGAAUGAAAAUGAUGAGGUUUCUAUGGAGUUCUUACGUAAUGCUUAUGAGAGAGAUAAAAAGGAUGGGUUCCAGAAGAGCUCGGAGCAUUAUUUAUUCUCAAGUUCAGUAGUGGACAUUUUUACCCAGUUAAACCAGUGUAUUGAAGUAAUAAAGAAGUUAGAAUGUCCUGAUCCAGAGAUAGUAAAGAGAUACAUGAGGAGGUUUGCCAUAACUGUGAAUAAAGUCCUAAUAGUAUAUGCUGAUGUUGUCAAACAGGAUUUUGAAAAGUAUACAAACGAUCAUAAGAAAGCUUGUAUACUGAUGAAUAACAUACAACAGUUACGUGUUCAAUUAGAGAAUUUAUUUGAAUCAAUGGGUGGUGAAAAGCUUGACUCGGACACAUCCAGCAUUCUAAAGGAGCUCCAGAGUAAACUAAACAGUGUGCUGGAUCACCUGAGCUCUGUGUUUGCCAAGAGUCUGGAGCCCCAAAUCAAACAGAGUACUCAGGAGUUAGGUCAACUUUUGUCCAAAGUGAAAGGGGCAGGACAGGUCUCCUUGUCUCAGCCCAGCCAGAGAAACAGCAUUCAGCAGGAGUCGGAGUUGGUGCUCAAACCCUUGAUGGAACUUAUUGAUGGCAGCUUGACAAUGUUUGCACAAGAAUGCGAGAAAACAGUUCUGAAACGUCUGCUGAAGGAGCUUUGGAGGAUAGUGAUGUACACAAUGGAGAAAACUGUGGUGCUGCCCCCUCUUUCGGACCCCCGACAGGAGAAAGAAAAGGACCAAGCCAGGCUUAUUCCCCUUCCCGGUGCUGCUCAAACUAAAAUUGAGGAUGUGUCGCGACUUUUUCUCAGUCACGUCAGCCAAAUGCCCAUGAAUGUUCCUAUGAUCCAGGACAUGUCCAAAGAAGCCGAGAAAAACCUGACCCCCAAACAGUGCGCGGUCCUGGACAUGGCUUUGGAUCACGUCAAGCAGUUCUUCCACGCACAGGGCCAGGGCCUCAAGAAAACGUUUCUGGACAAGAGCCAAGAGCUGCAGAGCCUGCGCUAUGCCUUAUCGCUGUACACACAGACGACCGACACCCUCAUCAAAACAUUCGUCAGCACCCAAACCUCACAGGACCAGCCCUCCCUGGAGGACACGGUAGGGGAGGUGUCCAUACAGGUGGACCUGUUUACCCACCCCGGGACCGGGGAGCACAAGGUCACCACCAAAGUGGUGGCGGCUAAUAACUUGAAGUGGCACACGUCGGGUAUGUUUCGGCCAUUUGUGGAGGUCAAUCUCAUUGGUCCACAUCUGAGCGACAAGCGACGAAAACAUUCCACAAAAUCCAAGAGCAACAACUGGUCACCAAAGUUCAAUGAAACCUUCCAUUUCAUCUUGGGAAAUGAAGAUGAACCGGAUGCUUACGAGCAGCACAUUUGUGUCAAAGACUACUGUUUCGCACGAGAAGAUCGGCUGAUAGGGGUGGCUGUGUUACAGUUACGGGACAUUGUCGAGAAAGGCAGCUGUGCAUGCUGGUGUCAUCUUGGAAGAAGGGUCCAUCUGGACGAGACAGGUUGGACAAUUUUACGCAUUCUCUCACAGAGAACAAAUGACGAAGUUGCGAAAGAAUUCGUUAAGUUAAAAUCAGAAUCACGAUCUGCGGAAGAAGUGUCGUGAGGCAACCUUAGAAACUGUAGAAUUAUUAUCAUAUUUUUUUUGAUUGAAAAAUAUUUUCAGCCAAGUUGUUUUUCCAACAUCGACUGUUGAUUUUUUUUUUUUCUUUCGCUGUUGAAAUGUUUUGGUGGUUGUCAUGUAUACGAAGCUUAUUUGCUCCAUGUCUUUCCAGUUAUAUCAAUGUAUAUUAUUAUUAUUAUUAUUAAAAUGUAGAAUGUCUUACAUUGUUCUGUUAAUUCAAGUGGGUUGAAAUUUCAAAGAAGUUUACAUUUUGUUGGCAUUAUAUGAAAAUAUAUCUCUCCUCUUCAGAGAGGUUAAUUUUUUGUUUUGAAGAUUUUUGAGAAAUGUUAUUGUAGGAUUAACCUAUGAAAAAUUGAUAGUGCGUAAUUGUGACAAACUUAAUGAAGACUUUAUUAAUUCUCUCAUCUCUUCCUAUUUACGUGAAAAAUGAUUGAAUUCUAUACACUUUAAAGGAAAUCCUUACUAUUUGCUCUAGAAAUCCUGCAAUUUUGUGAUGAGAUGUAUAUACCUUGAUAUUGUUUUCUUUAGGGACCUUGUGCAAUUCUUUUUGUAUGUUGAUUAAAGAGGGUAUUUUUGUUCUUUAUAUAUUUUUUUCUUUGUUAAACCGAUCAUGAAAUCCAUUUUCGAAACCAACAUAACUGAAUAUUGUUAUCAGUGAUCGUAGUUUGUAGAAGAGCUUAACAUAUGUAGACAUGAGGGGCAUGACAUUCAUGGCCGUCAUUGAUAGAAAUUUUGUCUUCCAUGGACCAAAAACUUCAUCCCACACCAAGAUUAUGUAAUGUCACAAGAAUUGAUACAUGUACAUGUGUUAGAAUUUUUCAUGCUUAAAAAAAAUGCUUUCAAUUCUGUUACUUUUCCAUGACUUUGUGUUAAUAUUUUAUUAGCUUUCAUAUAACAAUGUUUUAAUUAAAGAUCUGAUUAAUGUUCUAGAGAUCUGGUUGUAUAUCUGGUUCAUACAUCUUGGGUUUUUGACAAUAGAACUGCCAGCUUUUACAGAUUAAAAUUCAUAGUGCUCGCAUGUGUAUAUAUGUAGAAAAACAUUUCAUUGAAAAUUUCAAACCAUACACACACACAAACUGAUAAUUCUAUUUAUACAUAUAGCAUUUAGAUAAUGUAUGCAUGAAAAAAUUGAGUGAAUAAAGUGCAUCUGCAGAUAUUUAAACAGAUAAUUUUCCUUGAAGUACAGAUUGUAUAAUUAUAUAAACUAUGUAGUUUUGUCUUGUUCUAGUCAUGUGUAGAUAUACUGCAUUUAAAAAGCUAACAGAAUAUUAUAAACCUUGUGAAUAUUUAUUCAAUUAUAAAACUCGAGAUUUCUCACGUUAUUUAGCAUACAUAUAAUAUACAUCUGCCUGGUAUUCCUUCAGUGUUGAUAUUAACUGACAUCUUACAUUGUAUGUACAUGUAGAAGGACUUAUUAUGUUGUAUUCUACCUUUGGUUUGGUUCCAAAUAUUUUAAAUCACAAAUUUGAGAAUUGAUAUUAAGGUAAGGUGAUAUUGAUAUAUUUAUGAAAAGUUUUGAAAUUUUUUUUUUUUUUUUUUUUGGUUUUAACUACAAAAUUAUCAUGAGUUUGAUUGCUUCAUUUAGUUUUCUUAACAAUAUGAAAAUAAAGGAAAGAAAUUAAGGGAUGAACUGAUAAAUUUAUUGAAUAAGUUCAAAUUUCAUACUCCUUAUAAAAAUUGUUAUGAAUCUCUUUUCCCUGUAUAAUCCUCUUUAAACAUUCCACUGCAUAAGACAGAAACAAUCAUGUGAAAUUAAAAACUGAAGAUGCUGAAUUAUGUAUUUGAGUUAUGGUAUUUUCAAUUGAGUAAGGUUCUAUAAGUUUUUUUUCUAAAGAAAUUAAAAAAAAAAGCUGUUCAGUUUUUAUUUCUUGUACUAAAGUUUCUGUUCCCUGCUAAAGUCAUUGUAGAAAUUUAUACUUGUUUUAUCAUAACUGCAAUAGAUGGGACUAAUUUACUUGUAAUAUAAGUUAUUACAAUUUUACAUGUAAUAAUAGUUGUGAUUAUUAUAUGUGUAAUAAGAGUUGUGACUCUUACUUGUAACAGACUAACAGAGCGAUUGCAAUGCAUGGUUUUAUUACAUGUAAUGAUGUGACUAUAUAUUACUUAUAAUAGUGAAUGUAACUGUUUCUACAUGUAAUUUUGAGUCAUACAGGGUGACAUUGAUUGUAUGAAUUUCGAUCUUUUAUCCAUGUUAUUUGUACUUCUGGAUACUAUGAAUAAAAAUCCAAUUUUUAAAAACGAUA